CCGAGGCACCACGGUUUCUCUUCUGUGGAGAUGUUUGCAAGCAAGCUAAAUGCACACUGGAGUGGCUCAUUAGCAAUUACAGCAUGCAGUCAGAAAUAAAAACAAGAAUAUAGGAACGGAAAAACAAACAAACAAACAAACUACUGCAACAUCAGGUCUCCAAAAGCAAAAGUCUGUUGGCAUGUCUGGAGGAGAGCGUCUGUUCCGCUGUGAGGACCCGGCAGUAUGGAGAGGCAUUCAUGCGAAAUACUGGGCUGUGGUGGAGGCAAAGGCUGCUGGAAAACAGAAGAGUUCAGGGAAACUGCUGGAAUUGGAGAAAUGGUAUCAGGAGGAGCUUCCAGCGGCCAUUUUAGCUCGACCAGAGCGUUCUUUGACGUACCCUGAACUUGUCAAACUCAUGGAGUGGAAAUUAACCAGGGGGAAGUUCCGUCCCCGGCUCAAGCAGCUGAUUGGCUCCAACAGCGAGGAGGCGGUGCUUCGCUGCACCAAAAAGGCAUUCGCUCUCCUUCCUGACAUCCGAUCGGCUAUUGCAGAACUAACUACGCUCAAAGGGCUCGGACCUGCUACAGCGUCAGCUGUAUUAGCAGCAGGAGCUCCUGAGGAAGUCGCCUUCAUGGCUGACGAGGUCGUAGAGAGCAUCGCCGAGCUGAGACCAGUUCAAUACACGGCUAAGCACUUCUCUCUCUUUUUGGAGAAAAUACUGCACAAAACAUACCAGCUCACCGAAGCGGACAGUCAGCAUGAUUGGACCCCUCAUGAGGUGGAGCUGUGCUUAUGGGCGUGUGCAAUAGCCAAUCAGAUCCAGCCCUCCCUGCUGGAGGCGUUUCCCCUGAGUUACACUGCCAACAGAGAGACCACAGAGAAGACCAAAGAGGAGGAGACCAGAAAGCGGCCGUCUAAGAGACGCAAGACAGACUAGUGUACUCCGGAUUGUAUGUUGUGCUUUGCAGUUUUGGCAUCUAAUGCAUCGUAGCCCAGUGCUAUGAAGGAAAUCAGAUGAUGUGCAAUAGAGCAUGACAAUUCUAAACUGGCUUGGAAUAAUCUUAGGUUCAGUAGGCAUGUUUGUCCAGAAAUCGUUUUCCUACUGAAUGAUCAGGACUUGUUGUAUGGUUUGUAUUAAAUGAUUAUGCUGUUUUUCAAUAUCUAACAGUUUAACCGAUGACCUGUUCAGACCCGUGUUUCUCAUCGACGAUCUCAUCCCCUCAUUUUUCACAAGAAGUGCUAACUCUCUGCGUGCCAUAAGUGUAACCCUUGAUCACAAGCUGAGAAUGUUAACAGAUUCCAGCAAUCUGCAGCGAUCCGCUUGCUAGCUAGAACAGUAGGUACAGAUACAUGAGCUACAAAGUCCCAUCAGCUAACCAACUUGCUGAUCUACUAAUUAACCAGCUUCCUAACCACCUAGCAUAAAUGUGUGAAUUAUUAAUUUCUAAUAAAUUUUCAGGUAUAAAUGGUC